AUGUUAAUGAAAGAUUUGCUUUAUUUUGCUUGCCGACACCACAUUUUCGAACUUGUACUGGAAGCUUGUUUUUCAAUGUGCAUACCUCCAUCGUCAGGUCCAAAUAUUCAACUUUUUCAAAGAUUUCAAAAGAAUUGGGUCAUAACAACAACAGCUUUCCACCGAGCCCGUUGGAUGGCGAAAGCUAUUUACGUUUUAAAAUUUUUUAUGUUUCAAACUCAAUUCGCUCUGACAAGGGUAGAAAAAAAGUCUCUCGGUAGGAUUGCAUCCUUUAUCGUGUCCACUUAUGUAUUUGGCUGGUUCGAAGCUCCUUUCCCAAUUCGUGCCCCAGAAAACGAUGUGCGGUUUUUAAAAAGACUUUUGUCCUAUGAAAAAGUUGAUCCCGAAGUAGCUCAAGCUGCAAUCAAAAAGUUUUCGGGUCGUCUAUGGUAUUUAGGAGAAGAAAUGAUUUUUCUCUUUCUAUUUGAUAAUAGAGUAGAUGAAAAAACAAAAAAACAGAUGGUUGAAGUAUUUAAAACUGGAAAUCACUGUUUUGUUAAAGAAAAUUUCACACCCUUCGAAAGCAGAAAAAUAAAAGCAAUUGUUUGUAAAAGUGAUAUUGAAAAUUUAAGGUUAGAACACUUCGUUUCAGCCAGAAGCAUCAGGUUAUUUGAAAUUUUGAAUAUAGAUUCGAAGUGGCUUCUGGAAAUGGGAAGACGAUAA